AUGUUAAAAUUCUACGAUAGUCCUUUGUUAAGACAGUAUGCUGUUGUUAUAGUUGUAAACCUCUGCGUGUUAGCCACCGGUACUGGCGUAGUGUGGCCUUCUCCAGUCCUGGUGAAGCUGAACAAUAGUACACAGCCGGUUCUCUCAAGACCCAUCACUGAAGAGGAAGGAUCAUGGAUCGUGUCUAUAGGAAGCAUAUCAGGAAUAGCAUCAAACUUCUUGAUAGCUUUUCUCGUGGACAUAGUAGGAAGAAAAUAUGGGUUAAUUCUGGCAUGCCUGCCGAAGUUAGUGGCAGGGUUUAUCUUCAUAUUUGCCACUGAGGUAUGGUUGGUGCUACUCGGCAGAGCACUGGUGGGCAUAUCUGAUUCCGCGAUAUUUACUUUAGUUCCGAUGUAUGCUUCGGAAAUUGCUAGUAAAGAUAUUCGUGGAGGACUUGGUACAAUCCUUCAAAUAAUGUGUUCCUUUGGGGUCGUAAUUAUGUUAAGCUUAGGCCCUUUUAUAUCCUAUAUAAAUUUGAAUAUUACUUAUACCUGUAUAAAUUUAUUAACUACGAUACCUCUGUUUAUACUACCUGAUAGCCCCUAUUUUCUCUAUUCAAAAGGUAGAACAGCAGAAGCUUUAAAGGUCCUCACUUUCUGUAGAGGCUCUGAAGCUUUGGCACACGAAGAAUUAAAAGAGUACGAAGCAGUCGAUGGAAAGGACGCAAAAAUUAACAAAAGAGAUAUUUUUGCAAACAAGUUAUUCCAAAAAUCACUAAUUUUAGUCGUCAUAUUCAGCAUAGGAUGUCAAUUUGCUGGGUUUAAUGCUGUCUCAUUUUAUUUACAAACUGUAUUGGAGUCUACUCAAACGUCAGUCAAACCAGAAUUUGCUUCAGUCAUUAUUGGAGUCAUUCAGCUAGUUGCGAGUUUUGGAACGACAUUUAUGACAGAUAAAUUUGGAAGAAAACCUAUUUUAACGGUAACUGGUUUUGGAAUGGCUCUUGGAAUGCUCGGCCUGGGCAUUUUCUUCAAAUUAAAGGAAACUGUUCCUGUGACCGGUUUCUUAAACUAUGUUCCUCUCAUAUCACUUAUUUUGGUUGUCUACAGCUUCAGUGCAGGCUUAGGUUCCCUAUUCUGGGUGGUGGGAGCGGAAUUGUUCGACGACAAAUCCCGAGGAAUCGGCAUGUCUAUAUGUCUGAUGGCUACUACCAUUGCUAUGUUUUUAACGACUAAAUAUUUUGCUUUCUUCACAUCGGCCAUAGGUGCAGCACUCACAUACUGGAUAUUCAGUAUAAAUUGUGUACUAAUGUGUUUGUUUAUCAUGUUUUUUAUACCUGAAACUAAAGCCGCAAUGGCUGCUAUUAGGCUGAUUGCGUUAGUGUUGGCUGUUUCUGCAGUCACACUUUGUGAUAUGUCCGACGGUAAUGAAACAAUAAUGAGACCUAUUCCUGAAGGAUUAAAGUUAGGUGUGGCGACUAGCAAUUAUCAAAUUGAAGGUGCUUGGAAUGUUUCAGGUAAGACCCCAAGCAUUUGGGACACUUACUGCCAUACAACAGACAGAAUAAAAGAUGGCUCAACCGGUGAUGAUGCGUGUAAAUCUUACGAAUUCUACCAACGAGAUAUUCAGAUGAUGAAAUACUUGGGGAUCGACUUCUAUAGAUUCUCUAUCGCAUGGACUAGAGUUUUACCUAGUGGUUUUGCUAAUAUUAUUAAUCAAGAUGGUAUCGACUACUACAACAGGCUCAUUGAUGAAUUAAUAGCAAAUGGAAUUGAACCAAUGGUGACGAUGUAUCAUUGGGAUUUGCCACAAACUUUGCAAGAUCUUGGUGGUUGGACAAACCCUUUUAUUACGGAAUGGUUCGAAGAUUACGCAAGAGUUUUAUAUGAAGCAUACGGGGAUCGGGUCAAGACAUGGAUAACUAUAAACGAACCGAAACAGUUGGCAAUAUUUGGCUAUGGGAUGACAAGAUUUGCUCCUGAUAUGGUAUCACCAGGAAUAGGUGAUUAUAUGGCAGUAAAGAAUAUUCUUCUGGCGCAUGCUAGAGCCUAUCAUUUGUAUGACAAAGUAUACAGAAAAGAACAAAAAGGUGUUUGUGGUAUCACAAUAGCAACAGAUUUUCGUGAAGGUGCAACAAAUUCUUCCGCUGAUAUUGAACUCGGUAACUUGGCCAUGGAUUUUGAAGUCGGAUUAUACAGUCAUCCUAUAUUUUCGACCACUGGAGGAUUCCCUAAGGAUGCGGUCAAACGUGUUGCUGAAAAGAGUGCCCAACAGGGCUUUCCCAGGACUAGACUGCCGCAAUUAACGCAUGAAGAAGCGGAGUAUAUAAAAGGUACAAGUGACUUUUUCGGGUUCAACCAUUACUCUACUAAGUUCUAUACUGAAAAGGGUUACACCCAAGGAAGCUUUCCAAUACCUUCAUAUGAUGACGAUAUUGGAGGAUUGACUUCAUACCUGAACUAUAAGCAAGCUCCUGUUAUUCAUAGUACGGCAAUACCAAAUGGCAUGCGAAAAGCCCUUAAUUGGGUGAGGGAGACAUGCAACAACCCCCGUAUCCUGAUUACAGAAAAUGGCUACGGCGACUUAGGAGGUGCAGACGACGAAGACAGAGUACAAUACUAUAAAGACUAUUUAGGCGCUGUGUUAAGCGCUAUCGAAGACGGCUGCAAUGUGGCGACUUUCACAGCUUGGAGUCUCAUGGACAAUUUUGAAUGGGAUGGUGGCUACGGGCCAAAAUUCGGAUUGUUCGACGUUGACUUCGAUGAUGACAAACGGACGCGAAAACCGAAGACUUCGGCAGUGUGGUACAAAAAUGUCAUAGCUACGAGAAAAUUGGAUCCAAAUUAUACACCAGAGCUGCAAGAUAUAAGCUUUUAG